AUGUGGCACUAUGAAUCUCGAACCCCAAAGCCGACGGUUCUGUGGUCCUCAAGCCGGGCCAUUACCAAAUUUUGGCUAGGACGCCUUAAGCGCUCCGAGGUGCGGGCCAAGGCCGAGCUUCGCAAUCCCCAGCGCCGUGGGCCACCUGUCAAGAGGUGGCAGGACAAGGAGGGGCGGAGCCGCUUCCAGGGCACAUUUGAUCUGAGGCAGUACACAGCCGCUUUCGGGCAGAAGAUUGCCUCAGAGCUCCAUAGCUUGAUCAAGUUCACCCCCAGACUCAAUCAUGAUGAUGAACUCCAAAGCCGUGAAGCUAUAGAUAUUUGGAAUGAUUGGGAGUGGGGUGACAUGUGGCACAUGGCUGAAAUGGUUGACUUUGUGCGGUACCUCUAUGGUGCAAAGGCCAUGGCAAUCCCAAGUGAAUGGAGACCAGUCCUCCCCAAAGAACUUUGA